AUGAAACUAUCUAACACGAAAUUAUCUAAAAUCCAAGUUCUCUUCUUAGUAGCCGUUUGCGCUCUGGCUUUCUUCUGCCAGGUCGUUAGAGCCGAUCCUUCUAUUGGCCAAGGAGCCACACCCAACCAUCCACUCACUCCCCCCUCUAACACCGGACCCGGCGGUUCUAACAAGCCAAACAAGCCCGAUUCAGACAAAGGCACCACCAACGUAUUCUACCGUAUUGUCUUCUACCAACAAGAUAGUGGCUUCUACAACUUCAUCCAUGGUCCCGUCUUCCUAACCAUUAUAGGAAUCCUCUGCACAGCUAUGGCCAUUGGUGGAGUCGUUAUGAUCACUAAAAGCGGCGGAGCCGGUAGCGUCUAA